AUGGAGUCUGCUUUCACAAAAGAGCAUAGCUGGUCGAUCAUAUCCUCUUUCUUUGAGCAAAAAGGACUUGUUAGACAGCAGCUCGACUCGUUUGAUCAGUUUGUUAAAACAAAGAUGCAGGAGGUUAUUAAUGAAAGCCCGGUAAUAAUCGUCCAGUCAGCACCCACAGCAGGGAUAGAGACUCAAAAGAGAAUAGCCGUUAGAUUUGGACAGAUAUAUGUCUCCAAACCACCUGUCUACACCGAGUCUGACGGAAGGACGAUCACAGUCUUUCCGAAUGAAGCCCGCAUAAGAGACUUAACAUAUGCAUCUCCUCUGUUUAUCGAUGUUACAAAAGAGACUUUGUCUGAGCUGGGAGUUGUUGACAAGCACAAAUACUCAAGGGUUCCCUUUGGAUCGUUGCCUGUGAUGCUGAGGUCAUCAUACUGUGUUCUCUAUGGACUAGGCGAUAAGGACCUCAUUGACCUUGGAGAAUGCCCGUAUGAUCAAGGGGGGUACUUCAUAGUGAAUGGAUCUGAAAAGGUCAUUGUGGCCCAGGAACGAAUGGCAAGUAACACUGUCUAUGUGUUCAAGAAGGCACAGCCUGCGACCUAUACACACUAUGCAGAAAUACGGUCUGUUCCUGAAAAGAGCUCCAGAAACCCAAGCACCCUGUCUAUGAAGCUUUGUAGAUCCCCGGGGGUGAUAAGGGUUUCACUGCCAUUGGUUAAGCAAGACGUCCCUCUUUUUGUUUUGUACAGGGCGUUGGGGUUUUUGUCAGACAAGGAGAUAAUUGAUCAUAUUCUUUACGAAGACGAUGAGGAGAUGUUUGAGCUCCUGAAAGAAAGUAUUGAGGAGGGAACCGUUGUUCAGGACCAAAAUGUGGCGCUAGACUACAUCGGAAAGAGGUCUGCGCCUAUAGGAACGCCACAGGAGAAAAGAAUAGUGAUGGCCAAGGACCUUCUUGCAAAGGAAGUCCUCCCCCACAUUGGAACACAGGAGUUUUGUGAAACCAAAAAGGCCUACUUUAUUGGAUAUAUUGUCCAGAGGCUCUUGCUUGUGGCGUUAGGAAGAAGAAACCCCGACGACAGAGAUCAUUACGGAAAGAAAAGAAUGGACCUCAGCGGGCCUCUACUUGCAUCACUCUUCAGAACCCUGUUUAAGAAGCUGUGUGUGGAUACAACGAGACACAUGCAAAAGUGCAUAGAGAAUGGAAGAGAGUUCAAUAUAGCUCUUGGACUGAAGGCAAGCAUAAUUACACAGGGGUUUCGGUACGCAUUGGCAACAGGGAACUGGGGAGACCAGGCAAAGGCGAUGCAGACGAGGGCUGGGGUUGCUCAGGUUCUGAAUCGAUACAACUUUGUUUCGACUCUUAGCCAUCUGAGGAGAGUCAACACACCCAUUGAAAAGGAAGGAAAGUUGGCAGCGCCCCGACAGCUCCAUAACACACACUGGGGUAUGGUUUGUCCUGCGGAGACGCCCGAGGGCCAGGCGUGUGGCCUCGUAAAGAACCUGUCACUCAUGGCGUAUAUCUCUGUUGGGUCAUCUUCUGGGCCAUUGGUUGAGUUUUUAGAAGAGUGUGGUGUUGAAUCAUUGGAGGAGAUAUCCACUUCACAGCUGGAUGCAGCAACCAAGAUCUUUGUGAAUGGAGUUUGGGUUGGGAUUCAUUCAGAUCCUGUGGGUCUGAUAAAAUCGCUCAAGUUAUUGAGGCGAAGCCUUGAGAUGGAUAAGGAGGUUAGCAUCGUCCGAGAUAUUCGGGAAAAAGAAAUCAGGGUACAGUCAGAUGCUGGAAGGCCUUGUAGGCCUCUACUGGUUGUCAAAGAUAAUAAGCUUGUCAUUACCGCAGAAGACAUAAGAAAAUUGAAAAGGGGAGAAAUUAAAUGGGAUAACUUGGUUACCUCGGGGUUUAUUGAGUUUCUGGAUGUUGAGGAGGAAGAAAUGUCUAUGAUAGCGAUGAACACGAAGAUUCUUGCCGACGAGUCUAGGAACUCGUCUGACGUGAGUGUUUCCUAUACUCACUGUGAGAUCCAUCCAGCAUUGAUAUUGGGGAUUUGUGCCUCAACCAUUCCGUUUCCUGACCACAAUCAGAGUCCUCGUAACACAUACCAGAGUGCAAUGGGCAAGCAAGCGAUGGGGAUCUAUGCAACAAACUUUCUGCUGAGGAUGGACACGCUGAGCAAUAUCCUGUUCUAUCCUCAGAAGCCGCUUGUGACAACAAAAAGUAUGGAAUAUCUUCGGUUCAAGGAGCUUCCAUCCGGCCAGAAUGCUCUGGUUGCAAUUGCGUGCUAUUCUGGAUACAAUCAGGAGGAUAGCAUUAUCAUGAAUCAGAGUGCCAUUGAUAGAGGCUUGUUUAGAAGUUUCUUCUAUAGGACAUACACCGACCAGGAGUCUAUGUCAAGGCCUGGUGUCAACGAGGAGUUUUGCAAGCCUAGCAGAGGGGCUGUUCUGAGGAUGAAGAACCUGAAUUACAACAAGCUGGAUGAUGAUGGACUUAUAAGCCCCGGGACAAGGGUUACUGGGGACGAUGUUCUUAUUGGAAAGAUAACGCCCAUACUGGACCCUGAAAGAAGUACCAAAGAGGCGCCUGUUUAUGUGUACAAGGACAGCAGCACUGCAAUGCGUAGAACGGAAACAGGAAUUGUUGACACGGUUAUUGUUACAAACAAGGAUGGAUACAAGUUUUCCAAGGUCAAGGUAAGGUCUGGGAGGAUUCCCCAGAUGGGAGACAAGUUUGCGUCUAGACAUGCGCAGAAGGGAACAAUAGGAAUUACUUUGAGGCAGGAAGACAUGCCCUUUACUUCUGAAGGGAUAGUUCCGGACAUAAUCAUAAACCCGCAUGCGAUUCCCAGCCGUAUGACCAUCGGGCAUUUGAUUGAAUGUCUCCUGGGCAAGGUUAGUGCAAUGAGUGGAGAGGAGGGGGAUGCAACACCAUUUAGUGGCGUGACUGUUGACGGGAUAUCCUCCAGGUUGAAGUCGUAUGGCUUCCAGCAAAGGGGGUUGGAGGUUAUGUACAAUGGAAUGACAGGGAGAAAGCUCCGAGCUCAGAUGUUCUUUGGGCCGACAUAUUACCAACGGCUUAAGCAUAUGGUUGACGAUAAGAUACAUGCUAGAGCUCGAGGCCCGCUCCAGAUACUCACCAGGCAGCCUGUUGAGGGAAGGUCCAGGGAUGGUGGGCUCCGGUUUGGAGAAAUGGAAAGAGACUGUAUAAUUUCCCACGGGGCAUCUGCUUUUCUGAAAGAAAGGCUGAUGGAUGUGAGCGAUGCAUACUCUUGCUAUGUGUGUGACUUUUGCGGGCUUCUUGCAAUGGGUGGAAGCAAGGUGAAUGAAUGCAAGGGAUGUAACAACACCACGAAUGUGAGCAUGGUUGAGAUUCCGUAUGCCUUCAAACUCUUGAUUCAGGAGCUGAUGGGAAUGAAUAUCGCACCAAGGAUUCGCUUUGAAGAAUAA